AUGGGCAUAACAAGAACUGUCGUUAUAGGUUUUUUAUUGUUACUCGAAGCACCAAAUAAUCAAUGGAAUUUUGAAAGCUUUUACAGACCACAACCAGUUGAUGAAAAAGAUAAAGCAAAACAAACCUUUGAACCAGAAAAGAAACCCCAGGAUAAUUUAGCAAAUACAAAAGAUUCACCUGGACAACAGCAUGUAAUAAAUGCUGAUGGUCUCACUAUGGAAGAAUUAUCUCAGAUAUUAGCGGAAUAUUUGAAGGUAGGCGGUGUUAUAAAUCCCGAUAUACCAAUUGAUAUAAAUGAAAUUGUUAAAGAUUUUCAUGAUAAAGGCAAGCAAACUCAGCAAGACGUGGAGAUAAAAGAGGAAUCUGUCGAUGAGUCUAUGGAGCAACAAAUCGACAAAGUAGGAGAUAUAAUAGAGGAAAAUGGUGAAUUAGAUUUGUCUGAUGUCCAGUUCGAAGACUCUAGCGAUCCACUGACCGAAGACGACUCUAACUCAGAGAAGCCUCAAGUUGAUUCAGAUACAGAUAUAUAUAAUAAUAAUCCCAAACAACAAGUUUUGCAACAUGAUGAGUUAUAA